UGCUAGAAUGUCUGCCAGGAUGACUGCUGGAGUAUCAUGUUUUAAACAUUUGUUGUCCACUUCCAUGAGAUGUAGAUACAUGAGUAAGAGAACAUUGGCUGCCAAAUUGAUUGAUGGGCGUAAAAUAGCUAAUGAAAUAAAAGAUGAAGUUAAAUUUGAAGUUGAGAAGAUGGUCAAAGAAGGGCGCCGCUCCCCAUCUCUCUGUGUUGUUCUAGUAGGAGAUGAUCCUGCCAGCAAAACAUACAUCAAAAACAAAAUCAAAGCUUGUCAAUAUACAGGAAUUGAAAGUAGAUCAAUACAAUUGCCAGAAACAAUAAAGGAAGCAGAACUCUUGGAUGUGAUACAUGGUCUUAACAAUGAUGAGUCUGUGGAUGGGAUAUUAGUCCAGCUGCCCGUUCCCGAUCACAUUACAGAGAGACGGGUGUGCAAUGCUGUAGAUCCUAGUAAAGAUGUUGAUGGAUUUAAUGUUAUCAAUGUUGGGAGGUUUUGUUCAGAUCAAAUGACAUUCAUCCCUGCAACACCAGCUGGAGUUAUGGAGAUGUUAAGGAGAACUGGUAUUGAAACAUUUGGAAAAAAUGCAGUUGUCUGUGGCAGAUCAAAAAAUGUUGGAAUGCCAAUUGCCAUGCUACUCCAUGCAGAUGGAAUCUAUGAAACAAAAGCUGGUGAUGCAACUACAACUAUCUGUCAUAGGUAUACACCAGACGAUCAACUAAGAAUAUUUACAAAAACAGCAGACAUUGUAGUCUCAGCAACAGGAAUACCAAAACUUAUUACAGCUGACAUGAUCAAAGAAGGGGCCACUAUUAUUGAUGUUGGAAUAAAUAGAAUUAAAGAUGAAGAAACAGGAAAGACAAAAAUUGUAGGAGAUGUUGACUUUAAUGAAGUGGCAAACAAGGCAGGUUAUAUUACUCCAGUGCCUGGCGGUGUUGGACCAAUGACUGUAGCCAUGUUGACCAGAAACACACUUAUGGCUUACAAAAAAGAGUACAGAUUUGAUUAAGGUUGUUUUCUGUUUAUUAAUGAGUGUCUUUAAAGAAUUGAGAAGAUGGGACAAGAUAAUUAAGUGCCAUGCCAAAAUAUGCAGCCAUAUGCAUCAAAUGUUAUUGAGAAGAUUUUAUGUUUAACAGUAUUUUACUAUGGUUUUGUUUUAUUAUGACUCCGGUAUUUUAGUGUGAAAUUGAGUGAGAAUUGAAAUAAUAUAUGCAGUUGGUGUGUACAUCCCUAUUUUGUAAGGAGUUUUUUUAGUGUUUGAGAUUACUGGUUGAAAAUUUUUACCUACAUGUAUUAUUUUAACAAAUGUGUUUAAGCAGCAUUUAUCAUGGGAUCUAUAUUCUGUGUAUAUUUAUAUAUGCUUGAAAAAAAACCAGUAACUUGCAUAUCAUCUCAGUGUAGAACUGAAAUUGUUAAAGGGGUUAUACACUAGUUUUUGAUUGAAUGCAUAAAAUUUAUUUUUGUACUAACUGGAAUAUCACUGCCCAUGGAUUUUUUUACUAUCAUUAUUGAGCCAAAGGCUCAAGUGAGCUUAACUGAUUAAUAUUUGUCUGUUGUCUGUAAUCAUCGUUGUCAUUGUAUUUUUAGGUCACCUGAGUAAACAUUUUUAACUUCUUGAAAACUACAUGGCCAAUUGUUACCAUUUUUGGUGUGAUGCAUCUCUAUGGUAACAGGAAUGUAAAUUGUGAAAAUCAUGACUCUACCACCCCUGGGGCACCACAGGUGGGGCCAAAUAUAUAAAAAAAAAUCUUUUUCUCUACUCCCACACAUGUGAGAAAAAAACUGAAUACAUGAAGCCCUCCACCGAAGUUGUAAAAUUAUAGUAAAAAUGUGUCAAUUCUUAGAAAAUCUUCUUCUCUUCUCCCAUAUAUGUUUUAGAAAAACUAAAGUCAUAGUUAUGAUGUUCAUGAAGCCCUCUACUUAGAUUGUGAAGUUCAUGGUCCCUGGGUCAAGGGGUUCAGGCUCUAGGGUGGGGCCAAUGUGGCCAUAUAGUAAAAACGUAUUAACUCUUAGAAAAUAUUCUUCUCAACUCCCAUUAAAACUAAAUGCAUGGCUAUGAUGAGGGCAGUGCCAAUAUAGCCAUAUAGUGAAAUGUAUCAAAUCUUAAAAAUCUUCUUUACUCCCACACAUUUGGGAAAAAUACUGAAUGCAUGGUUAUAAUGUCCACAAACUCCUCUACCCAAAUUGUGAAAUUCAUGGUCCCUGGGUCAGGGGUUCAGGCAGUAAGGGCGGGGGCAAUAUGGCUAUAUAGUGUUAAUGCAUAUAAUGUUUUAAAAUCUUCUUCUGUACAGUCACAAGUCUGUAAGAAAAACUAAAUUUAUUUUUAUAUUAACCAGGAAGUCCUCUACUAAAAUUGUAAAUUUCAUGUCCCCUGGAGUAUCGGUUUUUACUGUAAGAUGGGGCCAAAUUGCAUGUAUAGUGUUAAUGCAUAUAAUAUUUAAAAAUUAUCUUCUCUUUUCCCACACACCUGUAAGGAAAAAUGAAUUCAUAAUUUUGUAGACCAGGAAGCCUUAUAACAAAAUUAUCAAUUUCAUGUCCCUCGAGGUAGGGGAUCUGACUUUAGGGCGGGGCAACAUAAUCAUAUAGUGUUAAAUGCAUAUAUUGUUUUUAAAAAAGUCUUCUUUACUUCUGCUGAUAUUGAAUAAAAACUGCAUAUAAAGAAAGAAAAUAAAGCCAUCUAUCAAAAUUUAAUAUUUCAUGUCUCCCAGUUUAGACAUGUUUUAACAAUGUCUACUGACACAGAAUGAAAACUGACUGCAUAUUUGGAAAAAAACAUUAAGUUGUGUUUUUUAAUAGUAUUUCAGGUCACCUUUAUGUAAGGCAAGGGAAGCCCGAGGAGGGGGGGGGUAUAUAUUAGUCUUCUUAUUUUAUUCUGCUCAGGAAUUUCAAGGAAAGAAAUUAGUAAAUUCACAUAUCUAGAAAAGAAAAAGAUUGAAGCUGUUUAUCAAAGUUAAGGUAUUUUGAAACCAUUUGGAAAGAGUUCAAGGGGUGGG